ACCGACACCCAGUGUUCGAUCCUAACCCACAGAACACAUUGUUGCCGUUGCGGCGACACAGUCUAAGCACUCCUCCACCGAGGUCCCGUCGAGGGUGUUUGACUAUACUUACCAUGGCUUUUCUAUUCAAGUCCAAGAAAAAUCAGGACAGGAACGUCCAAAGCCGAGAAGGGGCUCCAGGAUCGUCACCUCCAGUCCAAAGUCCUGCUUCGCGCAUUGCCAGGGAGGAGAAACACUCUCGAUCAACACCCACAGGCAGUCUGAAUUCUUUCGAUGAAAAUACUCCUAGCCCCGAUGCAGAAAAAUACGUACGUCGUGGCCAGGAUCCAUCGCAACAGAUGCAGCAGCCUCAGCAACCUCAGUCUCAAUCGUCGCCGCCGCAGCAGCUACAGCAGCAGCAACAGCAAACCAGUGACUUGCCUGUAAGUCUUUCAACGUUUAUUUAAGUCCAAUCCUUAUAUUACUUCACUUAUGUUCGCGGCU